AUCCGGGAUUUUUGCUGAGCUUUUAGACGCUUUGUUUGCUUAAUCUCCAGUGAGAAAUGUGAACUUCUUGUUUGUAUUUGUGUUUAAGCCAAAGUGAGAAAUGAACACUUCUCCUUUCGAUUUGAUGCUUAACUUCCUGCUGAAGUUUUAUGCCGUUUCUUUAUCAAAGUAAAUUUAAGUAGUGUUUGAAAUAAAAGGGCAAUGACUCUAACAAUGGUGAAAUAACAAAAAGUAACGGCCUAUAAUCGGUUUCUAUCAUACAUUUUCCCAUAAAACGAAGCCUCUUCUUGACUGCUAAUGAGGGAACUCAAGGCAGUCAGAAGCCUAAAGUGACUCCUCCAUUUGUGCAUGAAGCUCAUUUAUCGAUCUGGAUGCAGAAGCAAACCAUGACACUGACAAAUCAACAUAUUGCAUUAUUUAUAUUCGAUGCAUUAACUGGAACAUUGAAGUAUCCGACUUUCUCUUAUCGCUGCCCCACACAGCCCUGACGCCGGUUUGAUGCCUUGACUGUAUGAUGACCUUCAUUAAAAUACCGCUUUCUUGCUCUAGAGACGUUUGCAGAAAAAAUGCGAAACACUAUCCAUUUGGUUUUAUUUAAAACGGAAAAGCCUGAGUUAUUCUUACUGCAGCUGAAAUGCAUUUCAGUAAUGAUGUUUUAAGAUUUUAGUUCUGAUACUCUGAAGGAAAACGUCUAAUGAUGUACAUUUACUUUUAUACAUUUAGAUUAGCAAGCUGUCAUUAGAUGACAUGUUAGUCAGGUUUUGUUCUCAUGCAGCAAUUUACCAUCAACUUCUUCACAAAUGUGGCGUUAGUUGGUUGCUUUGAAACCAAACUGCAUUAAUAAGAGAGCUGCAUGUAUUUUCUUCAGUGUCUACCAAAAAUUGCCUCAUUGAAACUGGAGCUUUUAACAAAGAAAAUAUUUUUCAAUUAAGAGUUUUUUGUGUUUUUUUUUUAUCACAUUUAUUUCAAGAAUCUUAUUGCACUUGUGUGAACAUUUUUUUUAUAGUUUGAUCUAUUUUAAUCUAAUAUUUUAAAUAGUCUGGUUUUGAUAUCACUUGCUGCCGUUGCUGUAGGUUUGGCAUUACAUCUGAACCGUUUCCUGCUGCAGCGUAAAACCCUGGAGUUUCAUUAUUUUUGCUUUCACAGGUCGGAUGAAAGUCGUUUAAAGAAGUGGGGAGUAACUUUGAAGUCGGACCCGGCCUUAUCAAAGGAAUAACAUAAUAAUCCACUGUAGUCUAGGGGAUUUUUUUUUUUUGAUGCAGGUUUCAGAUGUCAUACCUUCACGGUUGUGACUAAUGUUCUUUUAUAGUUGGGGUAAAGGCAAAACCAACUCUUGUACAACUUUGAUGCCAACAGCUGUCUAAGAUGAUGCCCAAAUCUGAGUCAUUACAGAUGGUUUUUCAGCUGAAACUGGACAGAAAAGAGUAACUCUCUUCUUUUCAGCACCAAACCUCCUGUAGAGUCAGAUGUAGCUCCCUGUUGUUCUGGAGUGCCAGGUUUUACUUUUAAAAACCCCUCCCUGUGUGCUGCUGUGUUUGCAUCUGUAUGGCUGUGUGUAACGCCCCCACUCUCACCCCUUGGGGCUGUUCAGUGUGUAUGGAGCAGUGUGAGAACGCAGCGGCUCUGCUGGAGUCAGUCAGGGAGCAGGAGGUGCAGUUUGAACAGCUGACCCGGGCUCUGGAGGAGGAGAGGAGGAGAGUUGGCCUCCCCGCCACCAGCCCCACGGCCCUGGGUCACCCCUUCCCUCUCACACAGAACGGGCGUUUAGGGGAUGCAGACAUAGAACGUCUGAAGCUGACUGACUCGUACAUGAACGGCACGCAGUACAGAAUGGUGGACCCCGCACACGGAGCUCUUGAUGACAGCUACACACCUGAGGAUGAAUCCCAGGAAGUGCACUCUGUCUUUUCUGAGGAAGGAACCACCCGGAGGACAGAUAACGGAAUGAAGAAACCAGUCUCGCGCAUGGUUCCGGCCUCUCAGUCGUCCAUGGAUGGRAUGUUGUCGCCUGCUAUGGGGAUCUACAGCGCCACACUGGACAGGCCUUACAGGCCCUCUGGGGUUGGGGACUACCCUACYGCGACGGUACCCCGAAAUUAUCACUAUGGUCCGGUUGGCGGCUACGAAGACUACCGGCCAGGUCCGCCGUCGGAGGCAUACACCAGCCUCAGCCGGGGCUCGCACAUGGAUGAGCGCUACAGGCCUGUCGAUGGAUACAGAACUCUGGACUCUGGCUACAGGGCCCCCAGCCGCCAGCAGCUGGACCCGUACGCRGCGCAGCCCCAGGUGAGCCGCAUGAGGGCGCUGGGGUCAGCGUUGGAGAUGAGGUAUGGCCACGGCCACUACGGACUGGAGGAUGACCAGCGCAGCAUGGUGUAUGACGACUACGGCAUGGGGCCUCCACCCAUGCACCCUGGAGGCUACGGUACAAUGCCUCGUCUCGGGCCGGGUCCAGGAAUGGACAGACGCAGACUCAGAAGUUGCGAAGACACUUUGGACAGUGACGUGGGAGGAGUCGACCCUUAUGCAUGGGCGGUUCCCAUGACGUUGGAGAGGGGUAGCAUGGCUUCCCUGGAAAGCACGCUGAGAAAGGGCCCUCCCACUUCAUGGAGGCAGCCAGAUCUACCAGAGGUGAUCGCCAUGCUGAAUUACCGUCUGGAUCCUGUCAAGGCCAACGCCGCCGCCUACCUUCAGCAUCUCACUUUCAAAAAUGAUAAGGUGAARUCGGAAGUGCGCCGCCUAAAGGGCAUUCCAGCCUUGGUGUCGAUGUUGGACCAUCCCAGUAAGGAGGUUCAUCACUCAGCCUGCGGCGCUCUGAAGAACAUUUCAUACGGACGAGACGCAGACAACAAGAUCGCCAUCAAAAACUGUGAUGGAGUUACUGCCCUGGUCAGGCUGCUGAGGAAAACCCACGACCAGGACCUCACUGACACGAUCACAGGCACCUUGUGGAACCUCUCCUCCCAUGAUUCGGUGAAGAUGGAGAUAGUGGACCACGCUCUGCACGCUCUCGCCGACGAGGUGAUUGUUCCUCACUCGGGCUGGGAGAAAGGCGGAGGCGAGGAGAGCUCCAAACCACGACAUUUGGAGUGGGAUACAGCCUUGACCAACACUGCUGGCUGCCUUAGGAAUGUCAGCUCAGAACGGAGUGAGGCCCGACGAAAGCUGAGGGAAUGCACAGGGCUGGUGGAUUCGCUCAUGUACAUUGUCCAGUCACAACUCAACCACAAAGACGUGGAUAAUAAGCUGGUGGAGAAUUGCGUCUGCCUUCUGAGGAACCUGUCCUAUCAGGUUCACCACGAAAUCCCCGGCUGCGAAAAUUUCAAAGAGCAGACUCCGCUCAACCAGGGCCCCGCCUCAGCCCACAAGGGAGGCUGCUUUGGUUCGCGAAAGGGCAAAGAUGAGUGGUUUUCCAAAGCAAAGAAGGAUGGGGAUGAUGGRAGUCCAGAGUCUUACGAUUUUCCAAAGAGGACGACGCCUGCGCACGGUUAUGAGCUGCUSUACCARCCAGAGGUGGUCCGYGUUUACACUUCUCUGCUCAAAGAGAGCAAGAACCCCUCAGUGCUGGAGGCGGCGGCCGGCGCCAUCCAGAACCUGUGUGCCGGACGAUGGACCUUUGGUCGGUACAUCAGAGCCAUGGUGCGUCUGGAAAAGGGCCUCCCCAUCGUGACGGAACUGCUCUCCCAUAGUAACGAUCGUGUUGUUCGGGCAAUGUCUGGAGCCCUGAGAAACCUCGCCAUCGACAACCGCAACAGUGAGCUCUUGGGCGAGCACGCUCUGCCUCACCUGGUGGCUGUCCUGCCCGGAGGCCAGAACCAGUCGAGGUGCAAUCUGUCAGAGGAAACCAUGGUGUCGGUACUGAGCACGCUCACUGAGGUGCUCGGCAACAGCGUGGAGGCGGCAAAGAAACUGAGAAUCGCAUCUGGCAUUGAGAGGCUGGUGCUCAUCAGUAAAGAUGGUAGCCGCACUGACCGCGAGGUGCGAGGAGCGGCUCAGGUGCUGCAACUCGUCUGGGCUCACAAAGAGCUGCGCCGGCCUCUGGAGAAGGACGGCUGGAAGAAGACGGACUUCAUGGUGAACCUGAACCCAAACACCACGACCACCAACGGACCGAGCACCAGAGCRAACGGCACCUACGAGGACAGCACCACUCCGCUACUGGACAGAGGAGAUAAGAGGGAUCUAAUUCCCUUGAAUGAUCUCGGCCCUGAUUCCUACUCUACACUGGACCAGAAGGAGAGGAGACACACUCUGGACGAAACCACAGACACUUUACCGCGAGGGGUGUAUGGGAGCAGAAAGGGCUCCCUGCCUCUGUUGGACUCCUACGAUGGUUAGCCCCGCACCCUCCCCUCUACCCCCCCUCUGCAUGUAACAGCAUGAAAAACUCAUAGUGUGCAUCACCCAGACCGGGCCGUCCCUGCCCUACCACUGCUACUGAGGAGAGCGAGGAGGCAGACCUGGACGCCGUCUCCUCCUCUUCCUCUGUCUAUCCCUCCUCUCCGUCGCCACACAGCUGGGAUCUGAAGAUGAGGAUCAGCAUCCAAAGAAAGUGGUCGUGUUGCAGAAAAACAGUUACAGACAGCACACACACACACACACCUGUUUCAUUCAAUUGUAGCAGCAGAACUAUAUUCAGUUUAUAAAUUAUAGUUGUCUUCUGUAAAGGCAAUCACCUUUGUUGACAAUCAUUUUAUUCUGCAGCCUUCAUCCUGCUCCCCCCAACCCCCCAUUUCUUUUUCUCGCUAAGUAAACAAAUAAUCAUGCUCAGUAUGUUGCUGCCAGCCCCUGCAUCCGAACGAUGGAUCUGUCUUUAGCCGUGUGUGUAGGGGAAUAUAGUGUACAUAGGCGAAACAGGAUGACUGCAUUGGUUUUGGCGCAUUAAUUUAAAUUGUCCCUUUCCUGGGAAUGCUGGGAGGCUGGCUGCACCCACAGGCCGCCCUGUAGAUGGAGAAUGUUUAUAUAGGAGUUAUUUUCCUGUCUAGAGUUAUUUUCUCUCUGUUGGGAUGAGCACAGACCUGUAUAUUUGUCAAAAUGCUAAACCUGUGACCGUGUGUGUGUGUGCGCGCGUUGUGUCAAAAUGAUUAUUUGUUUUUUGUUUUUUUUUAUUAUUAUUAUUGAGUAAUGUCUUUGCUUGCACGGACCAGACGCUUUUAAUUGUUUUUGUCUGAUUGCCCUCUGUUUUAUUUUUUAACCGUCUUAUGUUCCUGCUGCCUCUUUUUCAGUUUUUUUUAUAUUUUAAAUUUGUUUCUGUUCCUCUCCCCCUAGUAGAAAAUAAGUUUUGAGCUGCUUGUUUCGUUUUAUUUCUGCCUGGAUUUAGCAGACUCGUCCAGUACAACGUGUCAAACCUGGUACUGAGAUGUGAAGCUGUGACAAACACUACUACACGUUUAACCACUAACCAGACUUUUCCUGUCUCAAUACUUAAAAGAAAAAAAAAAAUCAGGUGAACUUUCUCUGACUUUUCAAAUAAGAGUCUGCCAUGUAGCCAUUUGUACCUUCACCUCUAAAUCCGUUUUGCGUCGACUGAAAUAUGAAUUUCAGAGGCUUUUGUUACUCAGAGGAGACUCGAGUUUUCCUGUAGCUUCGGGAGAGAUGCUCUAUAAUUUAAAUUUUGGUCUAACCCAUUUGUUUUGUAUUUUGUGUCCAGUGUGUGUGUUUGUUUUUGGGGGUUUGUAUGUGGGUGAGAGCAUUAUGCAAUUUUUCUUUUUAAUUCAACUUUCACUGCUAUGUUUUUAAAAGCAAAAGAGACCAAUCUUUUAGUUUUUUUUUUUUUUUUUCUUAAUCUCUUCACACAUAUAGUAUAUUUGUACUGUUGCCUAUCCAUGUAAAAUUAUGACGUACCAUACACCUGCCUUGGCUCUGAGCAGUUGCUUUUUCAGUGAAGUAUGUAACUGGUAAUACUGUUUGUUUUUUUUAUAAAUAAAGAUUUUUUCUUAGACAA